AUGACCGCUGCCAGCGCCGCCGCCUCGAGCGUCUUGCGGGUGACCCCCGCACCCGCCUCGAGGCCUCGAGCCUUAGUCUGUCCCCUUCGCGCGGUCGUCGCUGGUAAGGGAUCGUACCCCCUGCCCGUCGAGGACGACGAGCGAACGAAGCGGGGAGGUGCGGCGGAGUCGGCCCCUCCGUCUUUCAGCCGGCGCGAGAUAGACGACGAGCUUUCCAACCGCUGGAUCGACCUGGACCCGGCAGGUUAUUACUUGAUCAGCGUUGACCACAACCGAGGUGUGAUUCGUGCCGCGCACUUCCUGAACGUCAUCGACAAGGAGGGCAGGGCGUGCGACCCGAUGACGGGGGAAGUAAUUCCCUGCGACGGGAGCUACAAGCCGGCGGUGCACAAAACCUUCAGCGGGCGGACGGCGAAGGAGCUCUCAGUGAAGAUACUGGAAAGCGAGGAGGGUCAAGGGACGGUGACGAUGCUGGUGCACGCCAACUAUCUCGGGAGGGAGUUUCAGCGGGCAGAGGCGUGCCUCGUUAGCGGGGACAAAUACGUCCAGGACUGA